AUGAAAACCCCCUCGGAUAUCAAACGCUACUGCGUCUCCGGAUACGCCUUCCUCACGGAUUCCGUGAAAUCAGCCAUGGCGCGGGCGCUCGGCGAGUGGAAUAUGCGCAUGGAUCGAAGCGCCGCGGCCAACGGCUGGGCCGAUUCACUGCCCUCGCCUUAUCCACUGACCCCGCCUCCACAUAUGCCAUCGAGUGUCCCAUCCAGUCCGGAGACGGGCCUGCUGUCGAUCAGGCAGACGGACUUGGCCUUGCGCGAGGAGUAUAGCUUAUGUGCACAUGUCGGAAGGACGGUGCAAAGAACGACGGUGUUGGCUAGCUGGAUUGUGCUUCGGGAUGUCAGGAAGUGGGAGGGGGCGGUGAAGGCGGUGGGGAACGCGGUGAUGUGGGAUGUUGCUCAGCUCGGUCGUCGGGUUUGGGGAUGGUUGGUUAUCGUGUCGGUCGUCUGGAUGGCUUUUCCGUCGGUGUUGGUGCUUUUGGGACUGGUGUGGGGAUUGAAGCUGUGGUUCCAGGCUGCUGCGUGGCUCUUGAGGCGGAUUCGGGGAUGA